CCCGCAGUGCCGGAAAGUACCAGACGAUAUGGCAGCUCGGAGGGACUCGGUUCGAUGAAGACGACUCGUCGGGUCAUGAAGACACUUUGGCGGUGAAAGGGCGACUACGAGGCAGCCGCCUGGAGAUGAUUUACUUAAUCCUCAUCUCUGCGUUGUGCGGCGCGGUGCUCACCUUGGUGCUCCAGUUGUUGCUGCUGUACCGGAGGUGCCCGGAGCCCAUAAAGAGGACCGAGCAGUACGUCAAAGUAGUGGCCGACAAGGCGUUGAAGGAUUACUUUAAUACUCAACAUGUCGACGGCGGUCAGCAGCAGGACGGCUCGGCCUCGUCACGACCGCCGGAAGCCACCGCCGGCAGCCCCAAACAACAACAACAACAACAACAAGGCGACUGUGCCGACUCGGACAAAGCCGAAAACUGCAAUUUCCUCAAUGCCAUCUUCCUGUUCCUGUUCCGGGAGCUGCGGGACACUCCCGUGGUCCGACACUGGCUCACCAAGAAGAUCAAGGUCGAGUUCGAAGAGCUGCUGCAAACCAAAACGGCGGGUCGGCUUCUGGAGGGACUCAGCCUGCGAGACAUUUCCCUCGGGGACUCGCUUCCGGUCUUCAAAACGGCCAAACUCAUGAAGCCCGUCCAGGUGAACGACGACGGCCUGCCGGAGGAGCUCAACUUCGAGGUGGACAUGGAGUACAACGGCGGCUUCCACCUGGCCAUCGACGUGGACUUGGUCUUCUGGAAGUCUGCCUACCUGUUCGUCAAAAUGAGGCGGGUGGUCGGGCGACUCCGGCUGCAGUUCACGCGCCUGCCCUUCUCCCAUUGGUCCUUCUCCUUCCUCGACGACCCGCUGGUGGACUUUGAAGUCAAGUCCCAGUUCGAAGGACGACCCCUGCCUCAGCUCACGUCCAUCAUCGUCAACCAACUCAAACGAGUCAUCAAGAAGAAGCACACACUACCCAACUACAAGAUCAGAUACAAGCCUUUCUUCCCAUUCCAAGUGCAACCUCCUCUGGGACUUUCUUCUGAUUUGGAACUGUCAGUCCAGGACAGACGGCUGGUGGAGGGCCGACUCAAAGUCAGCGUAAUUGAAAGCAGCAGACUUUUCAUCCUGGGCUCGUAUGAUAGAGAAACCUACGUUCACUGCACUCUGGAGCUCAGCAGUCACCAGUGGAAGGAGAAGACUCGCAGCUCCAUCAAACGAACGGAGGUUAUCAAGGGACCAUGUGGCAACGUGGGAAUGACGUUCAGGCAUGUGCCAGCCAGUGAGGGCGAUGCGGUACAUGUCAGCAUUGAGACGGUCACACCCAAUUCCCCUGCAGCUUUGGCAGACCUGCAGCGAGGAGAUCGCCUCAUCGCUAUUGGAGGUGUCAAAGUGACUUCGUCAGUUCAAGUGCCCAAACUUCUUAAGCAGGCUGGAGACAGGGUAGUGGUUUUGUACGAGAGGCCAGUUUCCCAUCAGACCCCCUCCAUGGGAAGCUUGGGAACGCCUCAGGAGGGAUCCGGGCAGUUAGAAGAACCAGGUUUCAUAUCCCAUCCAGGGGGGUAUGAAGAAGAUCCAGCCCCUAUCACCACCUUGUCUGACAUAUGUGACAAUAAAGACAUGGACUCUGAGUUUGAAGAGUUGAUUGUCGACUCUAAACCCAGCCAGAAUGCUGGCCCCACUGAUACUAAGGAGGAAGUCUUACUUACAGUAAACCAAAGCCCCAAGAGAACCGUGGCUACCUUGGCUUCUAAACCACUUGGGACCAUAUCACCCAUCCUUAACCGCAAGCUAAAUCUUGUAGGUCUCCAGUCCCCGCUAAAGCCUCAAACUAAAGAAUCACCAAAGCCCUCACGACAGAAGACAAACAAUGAUUCAGCAGAUAGUUUACAACGUCCCACUGUACCCCCUCCACCCCCACCUUCCCGUCCCCCAGUGCCUCCAAGACCUCAAAUACGGUUGUCAUCUGUCUGCUCAGAAAACAGUUUUUCUGACGGUGUUGAUUAUGCUAUUAACACUCCUGCCAUUUCUACUGUGACCACUACCAUCUGCGUGUCCGAGAAGUCUGACGAAAAAGCUCCUCUGACUGGAGCUAGUGAGGACACGACUGUCUUUGAGAAGAUAAGUGUCAAGCAGAUAGAGGCCAAGUCCAACAGGCCAUCAGAGUCAAGUGAUGAGAAUUCGGUCUCAUCCAUCACCAGCAGCAAGGCUGACCAGGCAAAGGACAAAGUUUCAGAGAGUUCCUACAGCACACGGGACAGUAUAGAAGAUCACUCUCUCUGGGAAUCCCAAGAGACGAUGUUUCGCAAUCAGACAGCACGUUGGCCUAAGGCCUCUGCUGUGUUUGAUGUUGAGAGCAACCAUAAGUACCUUAAUGUGGCCCUUUGGUGUAAAGAUCCCUUUAAGCUAGGCAGUUUGUUGUGCCUGGGUCAUGUCAGUCUUCAGCUGGAGCAUGUCGCCCUCGAAUGUAUGGCAACAUCCUCGGCAGAAUAUCAGAGCACGUUCAGGCUUGGGCCUCCGGAACCGAGAGCUAAUGUCAGCCGCACUGCACUACGCAGCCUCAGUGCCCACAAGGGUUUCAAUGAGAAUCUGUGUUACGGAGACAUUACGCUGAAUUUCUGCUACCUGGCAGGGGAUGAGUUUGACUAUGCUGGGCCGGCUGAGAGAGAGCGAGCAGGCAGUCUCCAUGAUGAUGAGCUAAGGGAGAGGGACCGUAUUGCCACUGCGCCUCGUGAAGAUUUGGCCUAUGGCACCGUGCAGAUGGUCGAGGUUCGCCACAACUUUCAAGACACCCAAUUCCAAAACCCUACCUGGUGUGAAUACUGCAAAAAGAAGGUGUGGACCAAGGCGGCCUCUCAGUGUAUGAUCUGCGCGUAUGUAUGCCACAAGAAAUGCCAGGAUAAAUGCCUUGCUGAAAAUCCCUUUUGCGUGGCAGCAACGGAACGUCGAGGAGCUGACCCUGAUGCCAAGUUCACCAUUAAUCGGGCCACUGGCUUAACCCGGCAAAUCAUCAACACCAGCUCCCGUCUGCUUAAUCUCCGGCAGGUCCCUAAGACUCGUCUGGUUGAGCAGGUACCUGAUGUGGUACCUGGAGUGGUUGACCCUUCCCCAAAGCAUACUCCCAACACUUCAGACAAUGAGAGCAGCGACACAGAGACCUACACAAGUGGUGCCAGCCCCUCCAAGCAAUCAGCUGGAAAUGGGGGAAGCAGCAAACUUGUCCGCAAGGAAGGCGGUUUGGACGACAGCGUGUUCAUUGCUGUCAAAGAGAUUGGCCGGGACCUCUACCGAGGUUUACCCACGGAUGAGCGUUCCCAAAAAUUGGAGCUGAUGCUGGACAAGCUGCAGCAGGAAAUUGAUCAGGAGUUGGAGCACAACAACACUCUUCUGUUGGAAGAGAGAGAGACCGCAGAUCCGAGGCAUAAAGUGCUGAUCAGUUCAGCUCUGUCCAAGUCCGGGGAAAGACUCCAGGCACUCACUCUGCUCAUGAUCCACUACCGGGCAGGCAUUGAGGACUUGGAGUCGGUGGAAAGCACCUCUCCUUCGGAGCAACAAUGUUUUAAGGGCAAAGGCGAUGCACUGGACGACGAGGCCCUGACGGGAGCUGAGGUCUAUGACGGCGACAUCUGCAGCCCAGCGGAGGUCCAAAUGUUGGAUGAUAUUACUGAGGAACAGAUCUGUGUUGAAGCUCUUCACUGAACACAACUAGAACGAGACAGAAUAAGAACAUUUUUUGGGGGGGUAGGGGGUUGGUUUGAAAGGGUCUUACCGUCCAUAUGGGUUAUUUUGUGGAAAGGAAAUGAAGGUGGAAUUUGCAUAAAACUGCUGUUGAUGGUUUUUGCACACCUUUUGUGUCCAUGCGUUAAGAUUUGAAAGGGAAGUCCAACACUCGCCUGAGUGUUGCUGGUAUGUUCUUCAAUCAAUUAUGAUGAUUUGAAAUGUCCUUGUAAAAAGUUUUGAGUUCUUUUUUUUGUUUAUUGUCAAAGUUAUAGAUGGACUUCAGCAGAGCACAUGAAAAUCAAAUAUAAUAUAUGAUGCCGUUUUUGUCAAAGGUUAACUUCCAUUGAUCAGGGUAAUGAAAAUCAUUUCACCCCUUAAUGAUUAUUAAAUGUAUUUUUCUGUGUUGGAAAAACUCAAUCUUCAGUGACUUUUAAAAACAAAAAUUGGAUAUACAAAUAAGACACAUACUCAAAUACAGUAUGUACAUAAAGUGAUGAGGUUCACCCCGAGCAAAGAAAUUAAUAGUUGAUCAUUUUUUUUCUUAUUUUAACUGAGUGAAUGUAAGGGGGGAAAAAAUUACAUGAAGUUUAUUAAUUGAUUUGUAUUUGAUUGAGAGAAGUAUUUGAUUCCCUACCAAGCAGCAAGCAUUGUUACCCUACAGAAUGUUUGUGUGUGUGAAACACACAAAUGAGUCCCGUGCCUUUAAGAAAGUACUCCUAAUCGUAACAGAUUUUGUGUAUAAAAUACACAUUCAAAACUCUACACUACCGUGGGCAACCCCAAAGAGCUGACAUCAGCAACAAUCCUGGAACAAUAAUAGAUAUGAUUUAUAUAACGUUUUUCUAGAUACUCAAAUCGCUUUACAGCGAGAACAGAGGACCCAUCAUUCAUUCAUUCUACAUUCACACACUGAUGGUGUCAAACUACUUUUGUGGCCACAGUUGACAAACUGACUGGCUGCCAUAGCGGCAGUGACCAAGAUAGCGGAAGCAGGAUUCGUACCAGGAACCCACAAGUUUCUGGACAGCCGCUCUACCGUCUGAGCCACGCCGCCCUUGGGACUACAAGAGCAGCAACAAGAAGUCUGGUGAGAAAGAGAUGACUUUUGGUAUAAUAAUUAAUAGAUUUCAGAAACAGAAGGUUACUCCAAACCCAGCCACUUGGCUCUGGAGCUUCAUGUAAAAGUUCACCUGGAGUCAGAAUGAUUGUGAUAAUGGUGAAGGAGCAUCCCAGAAUUCCAAUGGAGGACAUAAGAUGAUUUUAAUCCGUUUUAAAACACUCCUUUGUAGUCUAUAUAAUAUGUAUUGGUUAUGCUUUGGUGUAAAUUUUGCUCCACAGUCACUUUUUGAACCUGUUUUUGUGAGUUUGUCUGCAUGAUGUUCAUUGGUGGAGGUGUUCCCAGAUUGCAAAUGAAACGAUGCUCCGCCCUCUCCAAAAAUAUAAUUUAUCUUUUGAAAAUGUACACUGUCGGAAUAUAUAUCUUGAAGACAAACAUCACCACAUUUUUUUUUCAAGACAGUCAAAAAUAAUCAUAAUCAUUACAUAGAUUCACUUGUCACAACAAUAGGUAUACCUGCACACUCUCCUAUCGAUUCAGAAAACAGCCAGCAUUUUAGUGUAAAUAUGUGCAAGCGAAAGUUAGAUACCAAAAAAAUUUGAAUUAAUUCUACUUAAAACCACGUAAUGUUGCCAUCUUUUUUGCCGGAGUUUAGCAUCUAUUACAACUUGUACUUACUGGUUCACGUUGACAAAACAGUCCUUUGUAAAGUGUAACUAAGACAAAUAAGCACAUGCAUUUUUACAGGGAAAACUCCAAACAUAAAAAUAUCAUGGACAGAUUUAAUUAUUUCAGUAAUGAGAUUUACAAGGUGAAACUAAUGUAUGACAUGGGCUCAUACAGUGCAUACAGCGCUUCACUUUUUCCACAUUUUGUUAUGUCAGAGCCUCAUUCCAAAAUGGAAGAACAUCAUAUUUUCCCCCAGAUUCUACUGACAAUAGGCCCUUUUCCACCAAAACUUCAGGAACUGUAUAUUCCUGUACAUUUUAGUUUUUGGAACUAUUGGCUCCUGGAGAGGUGAGUGGCUUGUGUUUCCACCGCAUUUCACGGUUCAGGGUAGUUUAUACUUAGGACUUAGGAUAUUUCUACGCUCACACCAUGUCAAAUAAACAGACUCUAUUUGGUAAGAUGUAUUUUACUAAAGUGGUAGAAAAAUUAAGUACAAAGCAAUAAUAUACAUAAAGAUAUGAUUUUUUUAUUUAAAAAAAUGAGUGUACCAUUCCUCUUUUGUCUGCAAUGUUCAACAACCAGAAAGUCGUCUGCUCAGUAAAUGAUGAAUUAAUGAGGGUCAGGCGAUUCAUUGUGGUACAUUUCAGCUGUAAAUAAAAAUAUGUUUAUCUUACGCCGACAACGCAAACACAUCACAUUUAGCUUUAGCUUGUUAGCAUUAGCAUUUGGUUCACACGGGUCUAGACUAAUAGCCCGACUUUUUUUAUAACAUGUAAUAAAGUAAAAACAUUGUAUUAGAUGUGAUUUACCUCCGUUCCACUCGUGUGUUGCAGCCUUUAUUUUACUUUUCUCCUACGACGUCUGCAGCUGAGGUCGCCGCAUUGAGUCUACACUUCAUACUCUUCGGUAAAUACGUUCAAAAGAGUACGUCCAGUACUCGAAGCUUUGCGUAGUAAAAUUAAGUUUGUCAAAAAUAAUAGAGCAUAAAACUGCAUGUAUUUUAAAGACUGCGGCUGAGUACUGCCAGGUUCAAAUACGGAUGGCAUUUAUUAAACAGACAAGAAGGAAGGAACCAUGCAGAGACAGAGUGCAAUUUACAGUAGCUCAUGAGGAGAAUUCAUGGAGAUGUGAACUUACGCAGUCUUGCCCUACGCUCUAAGGUUCAGCUCCCGCGUCCCUCUAUUUAUAUAGGAGUUCCACAUUCAACAUCACUUAGGCCGCCUCUAAAAAGAGUGGUCACAUAUAUCAUGCAAAGCAGGUCCAGGAUGCACAAUACGUGACAGAAUUUGCUGGGGACUUGUGAUUUUGCCUUGUCUCUGCUUCGUCUGCGUGCUGUCAUCUUAUCUUCGUUGAGGUCCUUGAAGUCCUUGGCUGUUAGUGGGCUAAAACAAAGAUGUCCUUGAAAUCCUUGGCUGUUAGCGGGCUAAAACAAAGAUAACAUCUGCGCCUGAGGCCACCCCUCAGACAAGAAGUUUCGUCCUUGCACAGAUACAAAAGUCUAACUUGAGCACAAUAGCUAAUAACUAUUGCAACUGUCUUUAAGCAUUCUGAAGUUGUGUGAUAACUUUACACAUAAUUAUUUUAACAAGUACAAACAGUGUAAGAUAGUUCCAGUGAUCAGCAUUCUUCAGCACCACAGAUGCCACACAAAAGUUCCUUCAAAUCGAAAGUUCUAUCCGUUCUUCUUUUUCUACGUUGUCAAGUAUGUUGUCAUAGAAAUAGGAACGCCCCCAACUAUGUUAAACCAAUCGGCGGUCGACGGCACAGCCCACUCCCUACAAGGUCCUAGGAACCUUUCAAAAGUCCUACAUCCCUGGCAGAAACUAAAACUAACUGUGCAGACUUUUGAGGACAAAAAAUACGGCUGAAACAUAACACAAUGUGGAAAAUUUGACGCGCUGUGAAUUCCUUCCGAAUGCACUGUAGCAUGCAACUGAAGAUAUUUCAAGCCUUUUUUUUAUAUAAUUUUGAACCUUGAAUUAAACAUUUCCAAAAACUAUAAGCCAGGAUCAUCAAAAUUCUAACAAAUACAGCCUUGACAUAUCUCACAUAAUGAGUUUAUAUCUUAUAUUUAUUUUAUAUUUGAAGUUGAAUUUCUGACAUGAAUGGACUUUUGCACAACACUUUAAUUUUUGGAGUUUCACUUGUAAUCCGUAAACAUCAGAGAAGGCGGGAGGGCGUAAAACAAGAAGGAAUAAGGCAGGCAUCAGUUGGAGGGUCCUGGCAGACAACAUACUGUACACUCGAAUGCCCACAUAAGUAUUGUGAUCCCGUUCAAUAAACACAGAGGCAACAACUGGAA